UGUGGUUCACGACAGGCUGCCUUCGUGUGCUGGCAAGUUGGCUGUUGUGAAGCGCACACUGGCAUUCACCAUGAACAGCAUCGCCGCCAAAGACACCUUCUUCCAGAAGCUGGCCAGCAAAGUCUGUGCAUCCCAGAGCCAGGAGGCCCGCAAGAGGCCGUUUGUUCCAUAUAAGGGCGGCACAGUGAACAAAGGGAAAAAGCAGAAAAAACAGAAACCCUCAACAAACAAGGCGGCCGAACAAAAUCAGAAGGGAUUUCCAAAGAAGGGGCAAAGAGCCGAGCCAGAGAAGGCGAAGCAAGAAGCUGUUCAGAGAGCCGAGCCGAAAGAGCGUGGCGGCGCUUUAAAGAAGCAGCCCAAAGCUGAAGAUGUUCAAAACUUCUUCACUAUGGAUAUUUUAAAGCAAAGGCUCCAUGAGAAGAUAGAGGAGUGCAGGAAUGCUGGCAGUGCCACCAAGUCUUCAUCAGCUGAGGAGCUGGAGAGGAAACGUUCACGAAGAAAAGUGGAGCGAGAACGCAAGAAACGCAAGCGAAAAGAAAUGCGGAUGAAGAAACUUCUGGAGCAAAAGGCACAAACCAUUAAAGAGGAGGAGAGAAAGGAGACGAGUGUGCAGAAGAGCAGCGUCCCCAAAGCAGAAGCUCCCACAGCCGGCCCGAUGGUGUUCAACAAAGUCCAAGUGGGCGACGAGCUCGGAGACAAGGCUCCGAAGAAGAAGAUAAAGGGCACCCUGACGCCGCUGACGGGCAAGAACUACAAGCAGCUCCUGAACCGAGUGGAGGACAGGAAGGCCAAGCUGGAGGAGCUGAAGAGCAAAAACUCCAGCAGAGCUCAAGAGCUGGAGAAGAAGAUGAAGUGGACCAACGUGCUGUACAAGGCCGAGGGCCUCAAGAUCAAGGACGACGAGGACAUGCUGAAGGCCGCCCUCAAACGCAAGGAGAAGAAGCGCACCCAGAAGAAGCAGCAGUGGGAGAAGCGCAGCGUCCAUGUGCUGGAGAAGAUGCAGCAGCGGCAGGACAAGCGCAAGAAGAACAUCCAGAAGCAGAAACGCGGCAAGCUGGAGAAACGCAAGGAGAAGGCGCACAAGAGGGGCAGGGUGCUGCCCGGAGAUCUGGACAAGAUGAAAUGAGCGCCCCCCGGGAUGGAGGAUUGUGAGGGUCAGACGGCAUCAGCCGUAAUCGCGACCUUCCUACCCUUCCGUCAUAUAGCGCCUUGAACCAAGUCCCAAAGUAGGGCUACGCGGGCAGGGCAGCCUGCGGUGACUUUGGGGGUCCUCCUCUCUUUGUUUUUAGCUGUGAGCCUCAUGGAGGGGACACACGAGACUGAAGAUGUCACCACAUCACAGGACCUUGGUGAGUGACUAUAUGCUGUCACACAGUGUCACCCGUUCAGUCCCUGUGUCUGUGUGAGAGGAGAGGCACUAUAUAAAAAGGAACCCUUCAUAGUAGGAGGGUGUCUCGGUAAGUGGGCACCCCACUGGGCCUCGCUGCCUGUAGGUGAUCCCAUUGUUCAGACACGGCUGGCAUCAGCCUAACAAACGCAAAAUAAAAGUGCAGCUUGA